AUGGAGAAACAUCUGAACGUUCUUACUUUUAUAUCGCAUAUUGAGGAUAUGCUGACGGAGAUGUGCUUCUUAGAAUUAUUUCAGUGCACUUUUCGUAUAUGUCUACUUGGAUACUAUGUUCUUCUGUACUGGGCCCUUCACGAUCUCCAAAAUAUGGUAACAUGUUCCAUCAUACUAUUCUUCAUGUCUUGUAACAUAUUUGUAGUGUGCUUUAUCGGUGGGAAAUUAUCAGAACAAUGCACGAAAGUUGGCGAAGCAGUGUAUAUGACCGAAUGGUAUCAUUUACCUGGCAAAGACAUCCUCGACCUGGUACUGAUCAUUUCACGAUCCAGCGUGGUGACUAAAAUCACUGCUGGAAAAAUUGUCCAUAUGUCCCUUUAUACGUUCACUACUGCGAUGAAAACUGCAUUCGCGUAUAUUAAUGUCUUGCGACAAACAACGUGA